CAUCACACAGCCGACCGGCAGUCAGGAGGCGUCGGGCACGGAGCACCGCUCGCAGCAUCAGCAGCUGGUGGCAGAACUCGACCGGGACUGAUCCCCCACUCCCCCAGCGCCGUCGGAGGCAGCAGGUUCUUGAUCGCUGGAAGGCGUCGAAAUGAAGCUGAAGCAGACGUUUCUCUCGCUGCUGCUGCUGCUGGGAACCAUGGCCACAAUGCAGUGCAAGGAGCUUCUUCUGCGCAUGAAACGAGGAGCUCGGUCUAGAAGAGCCCCAUGCAAAGACCCGUCAACCCAACAGAGGUACCAGCGAAACGAGAAUUGGCUGCGCUAUGUCAAUGCACACGUUGAAUAUUGUCGGUGCGAGAGCAGAGGCAGCUUCUGCCACAGGGUGCCUGUCAAAGUCUGCACGAAGGCGCAGUGUUCCAACGGGGGCCACUGCUGGGAAGCCUUAUACUCACCCAGCCUCUUCGUCUGCGUCUGCCGCCCAGGCUACUCUGGGACACACUGUGAGAUUGAUAACAAAGCUGUGUGUUACGAGGACGCAGGAGACACCUACAGCGGGAUGUGGAGCAUGACUAAUGGCGGAAUUGAGUGCUUAAACUGGGACAACGAUGCGUUGGCAGAGGGGUACAAUGCGCGCCAGCCGGGUGCUCUGAAGCUGGGUCUUGGCAAACACAACUACUGUCGAAACCCAGAUAAGAGCACCAAACCCUGGUGCUACAUUUUCAAAGCCGGAAAGUACUUGUGGGACUACUGCACCAUCCCUCCUUGCUCCAAUAAAAAGCACACGUGUGCUUCUGGAAUGGGCACCGACUACCGAGGCCGCCACAGCCACACGGUAUCUGGUGCCGCUUGCAUGAGGUGGGACUCCGACGUUCUUCGCAGCACGACGUACAACGCCUGGUCGACUCGUGCAAAAGAAUUGGGCCUCAGCAGCCACAACUACUGCCGAAAUCCCGACCGUGACCUCCAUCCAUGGUGCCACGUGGACAAAGAUGGAAAGAAAAAAUGGGAGUACUGCGACGUCCCGGCCUGCUCCACGUGUGGAAUGAGGAGGCCCAACACAGUCCAGGAGCGGAUCGUAGGCGGCUCUUAUUCACAAAUCCAGUCCCACCCGUGGCAGGCGGCCAUUUUUGCCAAGUCCCGAGGCGUGGAGUACUUCUUCUGCGGUGGGAUUCUGAUCAGCCCCUGCUGGGUCCUCUCUGCCGCCCACUGCUUCACGAACAGGAGAGAUGCCCAAAGCCUCAAGAUUGUGUUUGGCAGGACGUCCCGCGUCAAACCCGAAAAGGACGAACAGGUGUUCGAAAUGGAGAAAUACAUCCUGCAUAAGCAUUUUGUCCCUGAGACAUACGACAACGAUAUCGUGCUGCUGAAACUGAAGCCCAAGUCUGGCAAGUGUACCACAGAGACUGACUUCGUUCGGGCCGUCUGUCUCCCGGAACCUGGCCUGAAGCUGCCGGCAUGGACGGAAUGCGAGAUCUCUGGUUAUGGCAAGCACAAGGAAUCUUCUCCUUUCUACUCGGAGCGCCUGAAGGAAGGACAUGUGAGGCUGUAUCCGGACCGUGAAUGCACACCCGAACGACUCUACAACAGGACAGUCACAAAGAACAUGUUGUGUGCAGGCGACACCAGGGAGUUGGAUGACGCCUGCAAGGGUGAUUCCGGAGGACCCCUGGUUUGUCUGAACGAGGGCCGUAUGAACCUCAUGGGGAUUAUCAGCUGGGGUGUGAAAUGCGGAUUGAAAGGCGUACCAGGCGUUUACACGAACGUGAUUCGCUAUCUGAGCUGGAUCCGGGAGAACAUGACAGCCUGAGCCGCUCCAGGCUUCCAGGAUCUCCUUGCAUCAGGGAGAGACAGCGGACGCCGCAACAAGGAGAUGUCGUUCAUGUGUGUGUUUGAACUGACACAUGGCAGUUAGGGGAGAGACAGGGCACCUUUUUCUCCUCUUCCAAGGCCAUGUUUUAGACAUCUAUUUAUUUAUUUCUGGGGCUGCACCAACUGACACAGACAUAGCUGUUCCAAUAACACACACACACACACACACACACACCCUGUUCCCAGGAAAUUCAAGGGAUUGCUAGGAAGCUGAUUGUGUACAGCAGCCUUCCUCAACCUGGGGCGCUCCAGAUGUGUUGGACUACAACUCCCAGAAUGCCCCAGCCAGCUGGCUGGGGCAUUCUGGGAGAUGCAGUCCAACACAUCUGGAGCGCCCCAGGUUGAGGAAGGCCGCUCUACACAAUAAGGUUCAGUUCCAGAAGCACCUAGAAGGCAAACCUCCAUUUAAUUUUGUUUUGUAAAGGGGGCCAGUGGACGCUAUGCGCAUUAGUGCACAGAUUAAUGUUCCAGACCCAUAGUGGAUCUGAAUGGUAACUGCUUAGAACCACAUCCAGUCACUCCUUUCCUAAUGUUACCUAGAAUUUUCAGGAUGUUAAGAGAGGGGCGGGAAAGGAAUUCUUCCAUGUCACCUGUGACUAGAGAUGUAAAGGCCUGGAAAAAACCCAGAAAAAAUAGGGAAAAAACCCUUUUUCCCGAAGCCUCUUUUGUUCCCCCCCCCCCCAAAAUUGGAAAAAUUGAAAAAAAUAAAGAAAAACGGAUUAUGGGAUGUUUUAUUUUAGCAUGAUGAAUAAAAUGUUGAUAAGACAAGGUGUUCAGAUACUUACUUCUCCAAAUGAUUUCUAAAAACUGUACAGUAUCAGAUUAUUACAAUGUCUGUGCACCAAGGACAAGCAAGUCCUAGGUUGCAAACUGAGACUACAACUCUCAAAUGCAAGAGCAAGGUGCAUUUCUGCCUCUAGGGGGCAGCACUGCCAUGGAAGCAGAGACUGAAACUAUUAGUGAUAGCGAUAGCUCAGAAAAUGAGUCUGAUUAAAUUUCAUGCAUAUUCGUUGAAUCUUAGUGCCCCCUUUUUUCUCAGUUCUUUUUGUGGGAAUGGGGGCUUUAUGUCUUGACACUAGAGGACUAGCGGAGACAUAAAUAAUUUUCUUUGUUACUAAUGUUGGUGGUUUCUUCUGGUUUUUUUUUUUUUUAAUUGAUUUUUUUUUUUGCCUGCUCCUCAUAAACUGGCAGAACCAAAGAGGUUCCUAACAGUUCAAGAGCUUGUAGCUCCAUUAGUUACCAAAAAAAAAAGUUUAAAAAGUAAAUUAAAUUGGUAAUAAUUGUUUGAAUAUACUGUACUUUUAAUAUACCAAAUGUAAUAAUUUUAUGCCAAACCAACUUGGACAUAAUUACAUUUUAUGUUCCUAAAGUAACAAAGUGACUUUCAAUCUGUAAAAAGUGCUAAUAUUGCAUUAUUUCAAUUUUUCCGAAAAUUUCCGUUUCCCCCCGAAAACCCCCAGAAAAAAACUGGUUUUUUUCCAUGGCUUCAAAAUUUCUGGAAAUUUUACAUCUCUACCUGUGACUCCAGUUGCCUUGUGCAAAGUGGUAAUAGCAGUGGGGGUUGGUUUGGGUUUUGGUGUGUGUAUAUUACAGACCCUUUGCUGGUCUUGGGGUCCCCUGUUACACUCCUGAUCUCACCAUUUUUGGAGUCUGCUUUUGCAAAACAAAGGCAGCAAACAGGCUAUUCUGAAGUCCUAGCCUACAUCAGAAGGGCUGGCAAAAGAGAACCACGUCCUAUGUGCUGAAGAAUGGAAUUCAUUGCCAAAGGGGGUAUUUUAAUUAGGGGGCGACCAACUCCCGGCCCAAAAUAAAUCAGACUCCAGCUUUGCUGGCAUUUCAACUUCUCUCAAACCAAGCCUAUCCGGCACUGUCGCCUCCAUCCCCAAACUUAGAAAGAUUAUUUUUAUACUGUGUAGAUAUUCAAUUUUUUUCUGUACAAAAACAACAAAAGCUUUAACAUAUUCUGAUGUGCGUUGGAAUGAGAGACGUGUUUCCUACUGCUGUUUGGAAAGAAUGUUAUUUUAAUGUUGUGUCUAUCUAGUGAAUUAAACUAUAUGAAUUUA